AUGCGCGGCCAAUCGCCCCUGAUCCGAGUGGCAGCCGGCCUGCGAGCGCAGAGCAGGCGCUCGAUUCUGAGCCGGCAAUGUCGGGCCAUUCAGAUUAGUGCGUCGCCGGCCACGGAGAGUCAGCAGGUCGGCGCGGAUGCUUUUGGGUUGAGUGCUUCGUCUCGGGAUCCGGCCGAUGCCCGAUUCGAAGUUCUCGGAAGCCCUUAUUCUCUCCUCUCUGUCACUCUUUCUGCUUCUCAGAAGCUUUAUACUCGCCGGGGUACGCUGGUAGCUGUCGCCGGCAACCCUGAAAACGCGCAAUCUACUUUGUCGAUCCUUUCACCGUUUACACGAGCUUUCUUUGGUGUUCCCUUCCUCUACCAACGCAUCUCCUCAACCACCCCGCUCACCGCACUAAUAUCCACCAAAUCCCCCACGACGACCUUCUCCGUCCUCCACCUCGACGGCACAACCGACUGGAUAAUCUCCCAGCGCAACGCCCUCCUCGCCUGGACAGGCCACACACUCUCCCCGACCCCACGCCUCCAGCGCCACCUCUCCGCCGCCCACUGGGGCACCACGCACGUCACGGGCCGCGGCCUUGUGGCCCUCACCUCCCCCGGUCAAGUGUACCGCCUCACGCUCUCCGAAGGCGAAGAAUUCAUCGCGCAUCCGUCCAACGUCGUCGCCUACACCGUAACCCGCACGCCUCCCCAACCCUUCCGCUUCAAGAGCUCCGUCUUCCGUCUGCAGAUCCCUUCCCUGCCUAGGGGUAUCGCCAACGCAGAGUUCUUCCGUGUCAUGCGCACGACGGACACGUACAAGACGCUCGCGCGCCUGUUUUACAACGUGCGCACGUCGCUGCGCCGCACGAUUUGGGGCGAUAGGCUGUUUUUGAGGUUCCAGGGCCCUGCUACGCUGCUCAUGUCGAGCAGGGGCGUGAGGUUGGCGGACUCGUUGACGAAUGAGGAUGUUAAUGAGAUUGCAGACGCGGAGGCAGGCAAGGCUGCCGAGGUGGUGAAUAAGUUGAAGCGGGAGGCUGUGAAGGCUGAGGAGAAGGCGAAGGAGACGGUGUUGGUGAGGAAGGCGCCGGAUGCGGUGGAUGGUAAAGUUACGCUUGAAGGGUUGAGGAGGCUUAAGGAUACGAUGCAAUGA